AUGCCGGCAGACACGGGCAGCACUCUCGAAAUGCUCGCCAGUGGCGGCAAAGGCGAGAGCACCCGCACCAUCCUCCGCGUUGUCAUCCUCUUCUUGAUCGCCGGCGCCGCCGUCGCCAGCCGCCUUUUCUCGGUCAUCCGCUUCGAAUCCAUCAUCCACGAAUUCGAUCCUUGGUUCAACUUCAGAGCGACCAAAUAUCUCGUCGCCAAUGGCUUCGAGAGCUUCUGGGACUGGUUCGAUGACCGGACCUGGCACCCCCUCGGCCGUGUCACCGGCGGAACCCUCUACCCCGGUCUCAUGGUCACCAGCGGUGUCAUCUACCACGCCCUCCGCGCCCUUACCAUUCCCGUCGAUAUCCGGAAUAUCUGCGUUCUUCUCGCCCCUGCCUUCUCGGGCCUUACUGCCUUUUCGGCCUAUCUCCUGACUAACGAGAUGACCACCUCCCCGUCUGCUGGACUUCUCGCCGCCGCCUUCAUGGGCAUUGCCCCGGGCUACAUCUCGCGGUCCGUCGCCGGUAGCUACGAUAACGAGGCUAUCGCCAUCUUCCUGCUCGUCUUCACCUUCUACCUUUGGAUUAAGGCUCUCAAGCUGGGUUCGAUGCUGUGGGGAGCUCUGUGUGCCCUCUUCUACGGCUACAUGGUGGCCUCGUGGGGUGGCUACGCCUUCAUCACCUGCCUGCUGCCCCUGCACGCCUUUGUCCUAAUCUGCAUGGGCCGCUACAGCACUAGGCUGUAUGUCUCGUACACCACCUGGUAUGCGCUCGGCACCUUGGCCAGUAUGCAGAUCCCCUUCGUCGGUUUCCUGCCCGUCCGCACCAGCGAGCACAUGCCGGCUCUGGGCAUCUUUGGCUUCUUGCAGCUGCUUGCCUUCUUGGACUACGUCCGCUCCGCCAUUCCUGGCCGCCAGUUCCAGACCUUCCUAUUCUUCUCCACCGCCGGCAUCUUUGGCAUUGGUCUCCUCGGCCUCGUCAUUGCCACCAGCGCCGGUUUCAUUGCUCCCUGGGGCGGUCGAUUCUACUCUCUGUGGGACACUAGUUAUGCCAAGAUCCACAUCCCCAUCAUCGCCUCCGUGUCUGAGCACCAGCCCACCGCCUGGCCGGCCUUCUUCUUCGACCUGAACAUGCUUAUUUGGCUGUUCCCGGCCGGUGUCUACCUGUGCUUCCAGAACCUCAGGGACGAGCACGUCUUCAUCGUCGUCUAUGCCCUGUUCGGCAGCUACUUCGCUGGUGUCAUGGUUCGUCUCAUGCUGACCCUGACUCCCGUUGUCUGCGUCGCUGCCGCCAUUGCCGUCUCGUCUAUUCUGGACUCGUACUUGAACGCCAAGUCGCCCUCUCCGGAAGAGGUUGCCGCCGCCGAGGAGAGCAAGCCUGCCAAGCAAAGCGCUCUCAAGCAGGCAAGCAAGCCCGUCGUGGGUGUCUACAGCUUGCUGUCCAAGACUGUCGUCACUACCGCCAUGCUCAUCUACCUCCUUAUCUUUGUUCUUCACUGCACCUGGGUUACCUCGAACGCCUACUCGUCGCCCUCCGUCGUGCUGGCCAGCAGGAUGCCCGACGGCAGCCAGCACAUUAUUGACGAUUACCGCGAGGCCUACCAGUGGCUGCGACAGAACACCAAGGAGGACGCCAAGAUCAUGUCGUGGUGGGAUUAUGGCUACCAGAUCGGUGGCAUGGCCGACCGCCCGACCCUGGUCGACAACAACACCUGGAACAACACGCACAUCGCCACCGUCGGCAAGGCCAUGAGCUCCCGGGAAGAGGUCAGCUACCCCAUUAUGCGCCAGCACGAGGUCGACUACGUCCUUGUUGUCUUCGGUGGUCUUCUAGGCUACUCUGGCGACGACAUCAACAAGUUCCUGUGGAUGGUCAGGAUCGCUGAGGGUAUCUGGCCGGACGAGGUCAAGGAGCGGGAUUUCUUUACCGCUAGAGGCGAGUACCGCAUCGACGGCGAGGCCACCGACACCAUGAAGAACAGCUUGAUGUACAAGAUGUCUUACUACAACUACAACACCCUGUUCCCUCCUGGACAGGCCGUGGACCGUGUUCGUGGCGCCCGUCUCCCUGACACUAGCCCCACGCUCAACACGAUGGAGGAGGCCUUCACCAGCGAGAACUGGAUCAUCCGGAUCUACAAGGUCAAGGACCUUGACAACGUCGGCCGCGACCAUGCUGCGGCAGCCUCGUUCGACCGGGGCCACAAGAAAAAGAAGAUCAUCAAGAAGCGAGGACCGAGGGUUCGUGUCUUCUUGGCUGCUUUCUACUCCGAAGUCCCUGAGACCAUUUGUGGCUUGCUGCAUCGCGCACUGCUUUUCUCUGUCCCCUUCCAGGAGUAUGUUUUCUGGGCACUUGUGCCUUUUACAGUUAAGUACCAUUUCGUCGCGACACCGACUAACAUAUUGAGCAGGACGACAAGACAAGCGGUUGACAAGACAGCAGCCAAGAUGCCUUCCCAGAAGGACAACGACAAGGGCGAGCCCAGUUUCUCGCCGCGAUACCUGGCGAGCCUCCGAAGGAGCCUAGACCAGGCCGGUUGGGGGCCUGGCCGAGGAGCUGCUCCUCCACCUCCAACGCCGGACCGACGUCCGACCCGAGAUGCGUCGGGGUCGCGGCCGUUGGUCUUCCGCCGGAGGAGCAGCUCCUCGUCUGGCCUCAACAUCACCGUUGAGUUACCAGACGGCCUCCAGGUCACCUACUCGCGGUCCAGCCCGGACCAAGAGAAGGAGGGCCUGGAGCCGGCCAACCCCCCAGCCCCUGGUCCUGGCCGUCGCGCUGGCGCUCCCCAGACGCCACCUGACGAGUCCGAGCCAGAAUCUGACUCGGAAUCUGAUGCAGAUUCUGAGCCAGAUUCCAGCUCGGACUCGGACUCUGGGGAUAAAAAGGUGCCCGAUAACAACCAAGGCAAGGCGAAAAAGUCAGGCGAAAGCAAAGGCAAAGCAAAAAAGUCAACGACCAAGAAGGGAAAAGAGCCUGAGGCCGCCCCUGCACCUGCGCCUGCUCCUCGUCCCUCACUUUUCAGGAACCAGACCGCAACCAACGCCUCGAGCAGCUCAGAUUCGUCGCCCACCAGGAGAAUUGGUCGCCGCGAUCCCGUAGGUCGAGCUCCUCGCCCUCGCCGCCACUUCAGCGCCAUGGAUCUACCACGGUUCCGUCGUCAUCCGACCCCAUCAGCCAGCAAUGCUGCGCAGCCUGGCCCAUUCGAUAUGCCGCCCGCCCAGACCAUUUUCUACCCGCCUGGUCCGCCGCGCAUGGGACCCCUCCACCCGCCAAUGAUGCACCCCCCGAUGCCGCCUCCCAUGAUGAUGCCGCAGCAGCAACAGCAACAGCAGCAGCCUGGCAUGCCGGGACAACCGAUGAUGUACCCGAUGGGCAUGGAUGGUACUUAUCACCCGAUGCACUACUUGUACGGACACGGCGGCGACUUCCCGUACCUCCAGUAUUAUGCUGGCCAGCCUCCUCCUCCCGUGGGCCCGCCGCCUGCAAUCCCCCCUGGUGCGCCGGGCGUCCCGAUCGUCCCUGCUCCUGUCCCCGCGACUCAGAACACUGCUCAGCAACAGGUUCCCGCCCAGGCACAGCAAGCUGCGUGUGCAGGUCCGCAAGCCACCGCGCCGACCGCCGCCAAUCAGGCUACCGUCCCCCCCGCCGCAACAAACGAGCCCCUUAGACCACCUUCAGCUGCUACCGCCGCGACGAACGCAGAGCCGCAAGCGGCACCCACCAGGGCUGCUCGCGCCGAAUCUUCGUCUCGCCGUCGCCCGAGCGAGGCCGCCCGAACGACCCCCUCUUCAUCGUCGCCUGAGGUCAUCAACGCGCUGCACUUUUGCACUGGCUGCGGCAUCGCCCGCUCCCGUGCGUACCACCGCUCGCACCCUUUCAAGGCCGGAGAGCAAUCGACGCCCAACCUGUGUGGCAAGUGCCGGGCCGCGAAGCCCAGGCUCACCGAGUCGACCCUGCGGGCUCUGGACCGGGCUAACAACCUUGAGGAUGUCAUGGCGAACUUCAAUCUCCGGGAGCAGUCCAGCUUGGUGAGCAACGCUCGCUUUGAUCGCUUUAACGUCUCCUCUGCUGCGAGCGUGCAGUCUCGCGUGUCCCGACGAUCGCCCGGACCUUCGCCAGCUCAAUCUUCCCGAAGCCGCAGCCGACAUUCCCGUGGCCCUUCCAGCUCUUCUUCGACCCUCGGCGACUUGCCCCGACGUGGUGGCGGUCCUGCCAUGGAGACUAUCCAUGAGGGUCAACGUCGCGUCUCGGAGCCGCAGGAACCAAACACUCCGAGCGAGAGAAGCUCUGCCGUUUCGAGGCAGGGGACCAGCCAUGCCUCGCGCUCUCGACGCGGAUCGACAAUUUCCAGGCAGUCCCAGCCUCAUGGCUCUCGCCGCACCGGCGGAUACAUGCCACCGACUGUCGAGACAGUCCUUGACUCCCAGCUUGACACGGGUGCUGGUGCCGUUCGCCGCAACCUACCUCAGACGCCCCCGCUACAGACCUCUGCUGAUCCGGGCCACCGCACGAUGACCCCUCGUCGAUCCUCCAUCCGCGGCCAAGGCAGCGCCCUCGACGAGGCCGGCAGCGAGCGCAGGUCGGUGCGCUUCGACCCCAACGACUCGGCACACACGGCCCCUGAGUUCUCGUCGUCGUCUCCCAUGCUCUCGCGCGACGAGGUCACUUCGCCUACUCCCCAGAGGCCGCAGCGGCGUCUCAGCAGGCUCUCCGAGGAAGUCCACGUGCCUGACUCCCCGCAGACGUUCCCUCUCAUCGACUCCGAUGACGAGGAAGAAGCUCAGCCCUGGUCCGACCACGAGAAUUUCACUCCACCGCACAUCGGAAGCCGCUUUGACCUGUCACCCCGCGGCCAGACCACCGAUGAUGUCGAACUCCGCGGCCCCAGCUUUGACGAGAUCAGCGACCUGAACCUUGACGCCAGUGGCGAGUCCAUGGACGAAGAGGUCACAGCCAUGCUGGGCCGCAGCCAGCCGGCGUUUGACUUUGACCUGCUGGGCACUUUGCCCCGGAACCCGGAAGACCCGUUCUUCGACGGCCAGCCUGAGACUGUCGACCCAGCGAGCGCCCACCUCCGAGGCAACACCACUCCGGCCGACCGCCUCCCGCAGCGACAGCAGGAGAACGCGCCACCCGCCGGCUGGAACAACGAGGAUGUCGACCCCGUCCGGGCGACUACACCUUCUGCCACUGCCCCCUCCGAGGGACCCGAGAACCGCACCCCGCGCCAGUUUGGCACCGAGAUCGGUAAGAAGAACAAGAUGAAGGAGACUGAUACCACCCCGCGGCAGAAUCGCGCGAGUGGAGACAACACCGUGACAACGGGCUUUGUGAUCGUCGACUGCGACGAAGAGGACGAGACCGAGGACGAGACACACCAGGCGGGCAGCAGCAGCACCACCAGGCACAUCGUGGGCGAGGUGCUCUCGUCGGAGGACAGCAGCUACAUGACUACUGCGACGGUUUCGACGCCGAGGCAGGCGGCCAACAAGCGUGCUGGAAGCAGCAACGGCAGCGGCAGUGCUAAGCAGCAACCUUUUGAGGCUCGGCCUCGGAGCGAGCUCCCGCGUUAG